CUGGACAUGAAGGAGUGGGAAUCCCUGUCAGUUUCCCAAUGUGAAACUUUACAGCCUCAUGUUUAUCAAUCACUCUCCGAAAGAAGUGGAUCUCUUUCAAUAUUGUCUUUUGUAAAGUUGUAUUAAGUGUUGAUGAAUCUCUGUGAAGAUCCAGAAGCUUGGGAACAGACUGGACUGGAACCAGGAGAAGAACAAUUCACCAGAAAAUCAGACACUGGGAACAGCAGCAGCUCAGAUAGAGGACAUAUACAAUGCCUUAUUUUAUACUGAAAUGAUUAAGAAGAUUAUUCAUCUGAUGAGCCAAUUUCCUGCAAGGCCAUGCAAUCCAAGGCAUACUUAUUACUGGAAAGUGAAUACGCUAAACUUCAAGAAACUAGACUUUUUGGCAUUACUGUGUCCCCCGUCAAAGACGAUCUGUUAGAAUGGGUGGCCACAGUUCAGGGAUUGAAGGAUUCACUCUGGGAAGGUGCUGUCCUUCAGGUUUCCCUGAAGUAUACAGAAGAUUACAACUCAAUCCCUCCAACUGUUACUUUCAAUACAAUUCCAUUUCAUCCCAAUGUGGACUCAGUCACAGGAAAGCCAUGUAUAGACUUUCUUGAUAAUCCCAGGAAAUGGAGAGAAGAUUUUUCCUUGACAACCAUCCUGCUUACCAUUCAGGUGAUGUUGUCCAAUCCCGUGCUGGAAGAUGCAGUCAACGUGGACGCUGCGGAGAUGCUGAGGGAAAACCCAGUGUGUUAUCGAGAAAUGAUUUUGGAAUGUGUCAGAAGCAGCAGACAGCUGAAUGAAACUGGAAUUAAGUUAGAAGUUGAGAGUUUUCCUGUGACCCGUUUUGAAGACCACAUUUCCACACUACCUUGCGGGAAGCCAUUAACAAUAAAAAGGAUUGCUUUUGAUGACUAUCAUAAGACCUGGUGCGAAAUCGCCACGACAAAAGCAACUGAGAGCCACAAAGAUCCAAUGCCAGUGCCCUAUCCUCAUCUCAAAGCAUUGUAUGAUGGACUGGAAAAGGAGGAUUUACGGGAAGAGAUUGAAGAACAGAAUAAAGAGUUCAAUUAUAUAAUGUAUGGAGCGUUUAAGAAAGAAAGGAAAGCUCGAGUGACAUUGGACGAGAAACUUGCACGAAUCAACCGCAUGAAGAAUUGCUACAUUAUGGAUAAACCCUUAGAAGCUUCAACUUCAGUAACCCAGGAUCUGCCAACAGGAACCAAGCCAGUGCAAUCCAACAGCAAUACAAAAGAUGAGGAAAUGUGGGACAAGGAAGUAGACAGUUUAGUUGGCUGGACAGCUCAGCUCAAUUUAGAUGAGUUGGAAGGGUGAUUAAGGAAAAGCAUGUCAAUAUUCAACUCUUUCAUGGCCUGCAAGCCUGUCACUAAAUUAAUUUGGAAGAUUUGAUGUUCCCUUCAAUACUGCAAAAACUAGUUGUUCCUAAAAUAAUAUUCAAAGGUCUCUAUCCUGAAACAUAUCUUUAUUAUUUCCAGACUGUGAAAUAAAUGUUAUUGAUGUGAUUAAAAACUUUGAAGGAAACGGUUCUUGGAUUGCAACUUUGGUUUCUACUUUUUUUUUCAUUGAUGAUGACACCUCCCAUCUAAUAUUGCUCAAAGGAACUCUAGAUCUCACAAUACCCGUUAAAA